UAAAUAAAAAAUAUCCUGUCGCAAAACCACAAAAACAAAAUUUUUCUCGUUUCAUUUUUCACUUUCUUUUUCCUAUGAAAGACUGUCAAAUAAAUUACAAAAAAUAUUUUUUAUUUAAAUUAUCCCCAAAUUUCUUUAAAUUUAUUUAUUUUAUUUUAAUUUUAACUUCGUUGUCUAAAGCUGAAUUUAGCCCGGAUUUUGCCAAGUGGCUUUCGGAGUAUUAUGGAGAGGAUGUUAGGGCACAUUUGGAAAGAAAAGACCUAGGUCAUGCGGGCUCGUUUGGAGGAAAAAACGAACCGAGCGAACCUAUACGUCAUCAACCUGUUAUUUUUGUGCAUGGCGUCUCCAAUCGAGCAUGGGACAAAAUGAAAAAUGCAGCAGAUUAUUUCCACCAACAGGGUUAUUCUUUUGCGGAGCUUUACGGAACAACUUAUGCUAAUGGAGAUGAAGGAAAUCCUUUACAAUGGGCCCAGUAUUCAAUGAAAUGCCAAUAUGUCAAAUUGGUAGGGGAAUAA